AUGUCAGGGGCGACUACAAACGCAAAUGCCCAACAUCAGACGAUGGGAAUACCAGUUAUGUCUAAUCAGAAUUUCCAAAGCCCUUUAAUGCAAGAUCUAAAACAACAACAGCAACAACUGCAACCACCACCACCCCAACAACAACAACAACAACGAGCUAAUGGAGGAGGACCUCCACCUCCACAACAAGGACAAAUGUACAGUCAGAAUAUACAAUUUCAACAACAACCAAGUGGCGUGGUAGGCACCCAGCCGACACAGCAACGAUUUAACAUGAACGGAGUUCCAAACCAACAACAACAGCAACAACUAUUGGCUCAACAGUUGCAACAGCAACAAGCACAAGCACAAGCGCAAGCACAACAAGCGGGAGUGCAGCGUCCGGCAAUGCUGCGAAAUACAACGUUGCAACAAAUCGCAUCGGGACAACAAAUGUCAAACACCAAUCCCAAUUUAAAUAAACAACAGUUCAAUCCUAAUAUGAUGGCAGGACCACCACCACAACAGCCGCAACAGCAACAACAGCAGUUGCAAGCUCAAAACGCAUCCAGAGCAAACUCGCAGGGACAUACGCCGCAAAUGAACAGUCAGCCGUUUGUUCCGAUACAACAACAACAACAGAAUCAAAUGUCGAUGCAACAACAACAGCAACCACCACGACAACAACAACAACUACAGCCGGAUCAAACAAUCCUGGUAAUGCAAAGACAAGUAGUACCACCACCAGUACCGGGAUCUUUCCAGAGUAUGCCCCAACAGCAGCAACAACAGUUCAAUCAACAGAAAAAAAUGAGUAUAUCAACAGGUCAAUCACCAGUUAUAAAGCAACCAAUGGGUAAUGCCGGAGAGGUGGGAAACCCAGGACCAGGAGGACCCGGACCUGUACCUGUUCCUGUACCAGGUCCAGGACCAUCUAUAACACAAGAACAAUUACAACAACAAGAGAUUAAUGCCAGGAUUAUAAGACGAAAUUUGGGAAAUGCCGGUUCGAUGAGAAUAUUAGAUUUGAUAGAAUCAUUAUCUAAUGAAUCAAUUGAUAAUUUAACCAAAAUCGAAUUCUGGAAUCGAGUUAUCCCGGCAUACUUUGUUCCGAGUGGAACUAUUAAAUUCUCAACUGUUCCUAUUUCGAAUAGAUUUUCACUUCAUGAACGUACGAAAUUAAAACUUCCAUUUUUAGAUUUUAAUGAUAAUAAUAAUAACACCAACCCAAUCUCACAUCAAUUUGAUCUUUCAACUACCGUUGCUCCACGAUUUUUCGUUGCUUGUGUGUCUUCGAAUAAUAUAGCUAGAUUUUCAAUCACUUUGCCAGGGAUGAAAUUCCAAGUCAUGAAUAAUGGGUCAAUAUUCUUGAUAUCAAGACUUAAGAUCCAAUUCACCUAUAAUGAUGGCUCGAUCGCCGAUGUGACUGGAAACGUCAAAAUCUUGAUGGGGAGGGAUUUAAGAAUGGAAUGGAUUGAUUUACAUUGUUUGAAUUAUCUGAGUUCAAUCGGUUUGCUUGGACUCGAACGGAAAUGGGCCAGUUUUAUGGAAUAUGCCAAGAGUAAAGACCCAUCACAACUGAAUGAUUUUUUGAAAUUUGUGUAUGAAAACACUGAAGCAGCAAAGCAUUUAUCAUCAUCUGGUUUAGACCCCGAUGCGAUGAGAUUAUUACAAGUUGGUGAUAUUAUGAGUAGUUUGAGAUCAUUGAUGGAGUUUUCGACUAUUAAUAAUGUUUCAUCCCCCAUGAAAUCAUUGGAGUUAUUAAUGAAUAAUAAUCAAAUGGUAAUGCAAGCACAAGCUCAGAUGCAAGCACAAGUUCAAGCUCAGCAUCAAGCUCAGGCACAGGCACAUGCUCAAGCUGUUCAAGUACAGGCUGCACAAGCUGCACAGGCACAGGCACAGGCACAGGCACAAUCGCAACAAAACAAAACCACCGUUUCUUCGCCAUCACCAUUAACCAAGCAUGCAGAGGAACCUAAGAAAAAGAGAAGAGCAAGUUCAAUCGCAGCAAAUGCGGACAAUAAACGAAGAGGAUAG